AUGGCGGUGGCGUUGGCAGCACUGUUUGUUGUCCGGUCGUGCGGCAAUGAGCUCACCCUCACGAUCGGUAAGGACUCCAGCUCCACCAAACUAUCCCUCAUCACCAACAUCGCCAUCUCCGAGGUGUCGGUCAAGCCGAAGGGCGCCACAGACUUUUCGGACGACCUCAAGGAGUCGCCACCAACACCUUUACCUUCGACGGCAAGGAGCCGAUCAAGGGACCUAUCUCCUUCGCUUCAUUGCGAAGGCUGGUGGCUACCGUGUUGUCGAUGA